GCCACCAAAAGACUGUAUUCUAUUCAAGGUCAACUUUCUCCGCCAUUUUUUAUAGACAGCGUUGUAUCGCCAGUUUCAACUUGUCUUUAGAAGUGAACACGCGGUCGGUUUUCUGGGAUAUGGUGAUAUUACAAAAUUAGAAAAUAAUACAGAUUUUGAGUGCGAAUUUAUCUAGAACACUGCAUUAUUUCGAAAUGUGACACUACAUUAUUGUUUUAAAAAAAACUAGUAGUACCGUACUUAAAUUAAGACACUUCUCAUAAACAGCAUCAUUUGGGAUUUCUACGUUUUACAAAAAUGGCAAACCGAAGGACACUACUGGUGUUCCGGAACAUCAAUGACACAUUGAGUAUCAAGAAUAUAAAAAAAGCUGAAAAUCAAGCAGACCCUUUACCACCUGAAAACAACAUUUUAGAUGCAGAAGAUCAGCUAAACCAGCAAGUACAUGACUAUUGUUCAGAUGACAGCGUUAAGUAUCCGAAACGUUUUACCAUGUAUCACGCCAUAAUAUUCCUGGUGGCCCUUAAGCUUACUGCUUCUGAAGACUACCUGGAGCUGAAUAUAAAGCAGGGACCUAUUAGGGGCUACCAGGCUGCCGAGGGAGUGUUUGUCUUCCGAGGAAUACCAUACGCCACUGCACCUACUGGACGAGAUAAGUUUAAAGCACCCCUUCCACCACCAACAUGGAGUGAACCAUUCGAGGCAACUGAAACUGAAAUAUCUUGUCCUCAACUGUAUUCGAAAAGAUACAAGCAUACAAACAAAAGAGAGGAUUGCCUGAUAACUAACAUCUACGUUCCUGCUGUUAAACGAGAGAAACUACCAGUCGUCGUCAUCAUACACGGAGGCGCUUACCAGUAUGGUUAUGGUGAUUACAAACUACCCACACAGUUGGUAAAAAGUAACAAAGUCAUCGCUCUCAAUUUCAAUUACCGCGUUGGAGCUAUGGGCUUUCUCUGCCUGGGAACUAAAGACGUCCCGGGAAAUGCUGCGAUGAAGGAUCAGAUAGCACUAUUACGCUGGGUUCAGGAGAACAUUGAAUCCUUUGGAGGAAAUCCCAAUGACGUUACACUGUACGGGUGUAGCGCUGGAGGAUCUUCUGUGGAUUUGCAUCUCCUCUCGAGAACCUCACGAGGUUUGUUUCAUAAAGCGAUACCGCAGAGUGGCGCCAACGUUGCAGCAUUCAGUAUCCAACCGGACCCAAUUGAAAACGCUCAGAACUAUGCUCGCCAGUUAAACUUCACUGAAGUUGACGAUAUAGACGCAUUGGAGGAAUUUUACAGAAAUGCUCCCUAUUCAGUUCUGACUUCGAUUAAUGUAUUGGAAAAUCGCAACUCCUCAGUUGUAUUCACUCCUUGCAUUGAACGUGACGUUAGACAGGAGAUGUUCCUAGAUAAGGACCCGACGUACAUCUUGGAGACCGGAGACUACGAGAGAGUACCCAUCCUUUACGGAUUCACGGACAUGGAGGGCCUACUACGAUUAUCUUACUUCAAACGAUGGAGUCAUUUCAUGAACAAAAAGUUUUCAGACUUCUUGCCAGAAAACCUCGAGUUUAGAAAUGCGAAACAAAAGGAAAAAGUGGCGGGACGAGUGAAGAAAUUUUACUUCGGCAAUAAUACAGUCAAUGAGAAUACUAUCGUGAACUAUAUUCAUUACUUGGGUGACAUAACGUUCUCCUAUGGGAUGCUGAGUUCUGUUAAGCUGCAAGCGAAAGCUGGUAAUGAUAACGUAUUCUUCUACGAGUAUUCAUUCUGUAAUAACAAAACUCAGUACAAUUUCACUGGAGCGGGCCACUGUGCUCAGUCCAAUGCUGUUCUGGAUGAACCUGGCGAAGAAGAUUUCCCGGAAGAUUACCAGAACAUGAAGAGAACUCUAAGAGAAUUGUGGCUAAACUUUAUUGUAACUGGAUCGCCAGUUUCAAAUGGAUCAGAUCUGAGUUGGCCGUCGUCGAGGAGUAAUAGGAGCCCGCAUAUGUCCAUCAACAGUAAUCUAAUAUUACGGGACACGUUUUCGGACGACAAACGAGCCCGAUUCUGGGACAGAAUAUACAGAAGAUACCAGCGAAGGCCAGUUCCACCUACUUUCUAA